AUGUCAUAUCUGAACACCGACGAGCUGCGCCAAGACCCUCGAAACCACUGCGUUCCUCUGCUGGAUGUACUACGGGACCCUCUCGAUGCUGACAUGUCGAUCAUGGUCAUGCCCUUUCUGAAGUAUAUCGAUAAACCAGACAUGGAACGGGUCGAAGACGUUCUUCAAUGUAUCGACCAAGUCCUUGAGGGCCUUGUCUUUAUCCAUGACCAGGGCGUUGCGCACAGAGACUGCGCGUUCAAGAACGUUAUGAUGGACGCGUCUGCGAUGUUCCCACAGGGGUUUCAUCCGAUUGUGCAGACGCGUCUCCCCGAUGUUUCGGGGCGCGCUCCUGUGCUUUCACGGUCGGCCGUUCCUGUCAAAUACUACUACAUCGACUUCGGCAUCUCUACGCGCUUCACAUCGGACGCUCCCCGGCUCGUCGUCGGCACCUUGGGUCUCGAUGAGGAGCCACCAGAACUGUCGGACAGCAUCCCGUACGACCCUUUCAAGCUGGAUGUCUUUCUGAUCGGAAACCUCAUCCGCCGCGAACUCUACGACAAAUUCUCCAACUUGACGAUGCUGGAACCCCUCAUGAACCAAAUGUCGCAUGAGGACCCAGCGCGUCGUCCGAGCGCCGCGGAAGCGCACCAGCAGUUCAAAGUCGUCAGAAGGAACGUGCCAACCCUGUACCGACACUGGGAUUUGCAGCCGCGCGACUCAUUUCUGCUGGUCAGAGUUUUCCGUCAGAUGUACUCUCUGUUCUGCGCCAUCUAUCGAUCUAUCUUCUGA